AACUUCCCGGUAUGAAAUGUAUCUUCGUCAUGUCUGCGACAAGUGUCCUAGUCUUGUGAUUAUUCAGCCUCUUUUUUACGCCGAAAAAAAGCUAGGUAAUCGUUAAAGGAAACGACGCCUUCAACUCUACGUGCCUUUCGUCCGGAAAGAGAUCGUCAAGAAGUUUCAAAUUGUUUGAAAUGCUGAAGUUGCAUGAAGAAGAAUGCGUGACUGAUAACUAUGCUUAAAAUUCGCUUUGUCAUCCUUAGAGCGCACUGCAUGUCGGGUCAAGGCUAUCUGGAAUAUAAACAAAUCCGUGCAAGGCCGUUAAUAACGUGUCGACAGACGUCAAAGUUUAUAUGUCCGUUGUUAUUAGUAGUGUUCCACUUGGAUCUUAAGACGCAAGACAAAAUGGUUGUCGCCCGAGGUGUUACUCGUGUUGAAAAGUCCCGACAGAUGAGGGAAGGCGGUGGAUUUUUAGUUCGAAGACCUGUCGGAGAUCGCAUCGAUCAAUGUGACCCGUUCCUAAUGUUGGAUCAUUUAGGACCGGUGGUUUACGGACCAGGUGAGGCUGUAGGAGCUCCUGAUCAUCCUCAUCGUGGAUUUGAGACCGUUACUUAUCUUAUUGACGGAGAGAUGAAACACCAGGACAGUGCUGGAAAUAAUGGUGUUUUAAAAGAAGGCUGGGUUCAGUGGAUGACAGCAGGAUCUGGUGUUGUCCACAGUGAAAUGCCAUCUGAUGAAUUUCUGAAGAGAGGUGGAAGAUCAGAGGGCUUUCAACUCUGGGUAAACUUGCCGGCAAAAGAGAAGAUGAUCAAACCAAGGUACCAGGACACUGAUGCUAAGAAAAUUCCUGUGGUCAGCAGCCCAGAUGGGAAAACCAAGGUGAAAGUUAUUGCAGGGGAAAGCUUGGGAGCCAAAGCUGUUAUAGACACACGAACACCAAUAAUGUUCUUGGACAUUCAUGUACAGGCUGGUGGAUCAUUUGUUCAGGACAUUCCUGAGAAGUAUAAUGGAUUUGCUUAUGUUUGGAGAGGGGCUGGUUCAUUCACUGACGAAAGAGUCUCUGUGGAGAUGGGAAUGGUGGGUGUGCUUGGAAAAGGAAACACUUUUCAGAUAAAUGCAAAUCCCAAUGAAGACAUCCAUGUACUCUUGAUUGCAGGGGUACCAAUAAAUGAACCCAUUGCCAGGCAUGGACCAUUUGUUAUGAACAAAUGGGAGGAGAUAGAGCAAGCUUUUAGGGACUACCAAUCUGGCAAACUUGGUUCCAUUGAGGGAUCUGAAGAACGUUAUGCCCAGACACAGAAUGCAGUCAGUAAACAGAAACAGACAGGAACAUGGAAGAAAAAAUAAAUUUGCAUCAAGAGUUCAGCUGGCCUGAAACUCAAUACAAUAAUUUUUCUGAACUGGUUCUUUAAAGAAGUUGUCAUAAUUUGUUCAUCUUGAAAAAUCAACUUUUAAUUUUUUCAACUUCAUCAAGAAUUGCAGUCUAUUUUAAUUUCUGAUAUAAUUUUUUUGACAGAUAUUUAUUUGUUAGCACCUUCAAACGAAUACCUCUCACCUCCUUCCCCCAUGAAUAGGUAAAUAAUAAAAUCUGUUCGACAAGUCAAUUAGCAGAACUUAUUUAAGGAUAUAUAAUUAGUAUCACUCAAGAAUUUUGGAUUUUGUUUCAUCUCUCUGUGAAAGACAAACAUAUUGCAUCAUAAGUUAAGUUUCUCGAAUGUGUUGGUGACUGCACAAGGUCAAUUUGAUAAAAUCAAAGUUGUAACAUUUUUCUUUACCUGCUCGUGGUUGUUAUAAAUUUAUUGAGGAAUAUUUAUAUUUACAUCAGUUUUUUACUAAGAAAAAAAAGAUUGUACUUUAAAACACUGUAAUCCUUCCAUCAAACUUGCCCCUUCUUUGAGCAAUGUAAUCUUUCUUACCUCACUUCCCUAUCGACAGGCCCUCUAAUUCUCUGUUUCAAAAGAAAAAUUAACCCCGAUUGAAAUAAGUUGAGAGACUUCAGUUUCUUGAUCAGCUUAGUUAGUCAGUGAUGUCUCUGAUUUUAUUUAGCUUAGGGUCUUGUUAAAGAGAUUUCUUCCAAGACAUUUUUGUAGGUGCGUCGUAUAGUUUUGGGCCAGUGUUCUUAAAUGCAAAUAAAAAGUAUGAAAACUCA